AUGCCUAACAGCCAUGGCGAUAACCUCAGAAAGCGAUCCAGAAGUGGAUGCUGGACAUGUCGAAAACGGCAUCAGAAGUGUGACGAGCAGAAGCCAACUUGCUUGAACUGUCGCCUGCGCGGAGUCGACUGCGGAGGGUAUGGCAUCGUCCUGACCGACUUCACAGCCCGUGGCAGUCGGAAAGGACAGAUGGUGUCCAAGAUCAAGAGAAACCGACCCGCCGGCCACGAAGUAGAUGUCAUUCCACGGGCCUCACAACCGAGUCCUACGUCAGGCUUGGAAAGUAUGGAAAUUGGCGAGAUCGUGGAUUCGCCUUUCGAGGUGAUAGAGGACUCCUUUCUUCUAGAUCUCGAUUCGCAUUGGGAUGAAGAUCUAGACUGGACCGUUUCUGUCGAACCUGAGGUGCAACGCAAUGCCCUCCUAUCUCCCAUUGUGGCCGAGGCAGCAGGGGACUGCUUUGCAGAUCCUGUGCACGCAGUGGAGAUGUCAACCCUCGACCCUUCCCUCCUUUUCAUGCAUGAGCCAAUAACCCUGCCACCGACUCCUCAGGACCCUUUUGACCAGUAUUUAUUCACCUACUAUAUGGAAACCCUCGCCUUGCGACUGUACCCAGUCAAAAAGGACCAGAAUCCUUAUCGUACAAUCUAUGGAGCUCUUGCAACCGAGUCGGAACCUCUAUUGAAAUCAAUCAUGCUAGCUUCUGCACUGCAUCUCACUAAACAAGGACGUUUACCCAGGUUUGCCAUCAAGCCCUACCGCAUAGCAGUGCAAGAGUCAUUUCGCGAGGCCUUGAAAAGCCAGGAUGAAGCAUGGAGCCUGGGAGUAACUGUUCUUCUGUCCGUUGUCUUUGAUAUCAUCGGCACCGGACUGGCGACAUGGAGCUCGAAGCUCAUAGGCUGUCGUCGACUGUUGGAAAUCGCUUUCUCAGCCUCGACGAGUACCAAGGCCCUCACCGGCCUGCACUGUGUGCUUCUUCAAUACAACUGGGCAGUCACGAUGGGCAAGACCCUGGUUAGAGGCUUGGUACCGGAGGAAACUCUUAACGAGCUUAAAUGCAUCGAUGAAUUACCAUCCCGAGGCAGCUCCACCGAAGGGCUAGAGAUGGCCUCUCAUCAGCGUCAAUGGUGGGACAACUUGCCCGACUAUCAGAUGCAUCUUUUCCUGCGCGAGGCGACCGAUCAAUCCCUUGCCGUAGCUCGAAUCAGCACUACUGGAUCUACGGACGAGCUACUGCGCUUGAUGCCCCGGAUUGCAGAUUUGGUCAACAGGAUCCGGCAAUGGCAUCCGAAUAUAUCCACGGUUCCCGCAGAGUUUGUCAGCUCCAUUCAGCACUUCAAUGGUAUCUGGAAGGUCGGCAUGCUGUGUUUUGUGUACAGCGAGAUAUAUGCUCUCGGACCCAACGACGAUCUGAUCAAGGACUUGGUGCAGUCUUCUAUGGAGCCGCUGGACAAACUGUCCUGGCUUCAGGCUUGUUUGUUCCCCCUGUUCAUGAUUGCCCUGCAUGCCCGCACCGAGCAAGCACGCUCAAGGUUUGAGGCGAAGUUGGCUGAGAUGCACACGGUCCUGGAAUUUCAGGGACCGUUAUCCGUGAUAUCAAUUCUCAGAGCCAUAUGGCAACAAACGAGUGCCACUCACGAGGGUAGGGUACAAUGGAGGGAGGUCAUCAGGGACCUAGGAGCGGAGAUCAACGUUUUACUCUGA